AAAAGUCGUCUCUGAUGCUGCCCUGUUGUAUCAGUCAUCUCCCACACUCCCAAAGGAAGAACAAGAAACCAGACGCAGCAUUUAAAACUGCUCCACGUGUGUCAGGGACCAGAUUUUGGUGGAUAUAAAAGUGAAUUUUUCUCUCCCUUUUUGUUUCAUCCUCUGCAAUAAGAGGGAGUGACCGUACUGGACAGCAAGGAAUGUUAUGACUUCUUUCCUGCGCUUUCUUUUAACUGUGCAUGGGAGCUCUUGCAACUUUUUAAAAAUGACAUUCAACUUUUCCAUCCGGUCAUUGUUUCCAGUUGUGGCAGUUUUUACAGCAAUUAAAGCUGGAAGAAGCCAGAGAUUUGAAGAUGUUGGAGUAUUUCCUGCUCCUUUACCUAUUUAUCCAUCCAUCAAUUUUCAAAUCUUCAAUGCAGACCAUGUGUUUCUUGCACAAAGUAGUCAAGGAACAUCAACUAACUCAAGCCUCAAAGUUCAGGCUAAGACAUUUCUUAUUACCAAUCCAGGAGCCCUGAUCCUCCAGCCAGCUAUCAAGGCUUCGUAUGGCCCCCUAGCUGUUGAUGCCACUAUUCCAUCAGACCUGCUUCUUAGUGGACGCAAAAUUCUUGCAGUGAUUUUAGUCCGUCAGAUUCGAUCUCCUUCCCCGUUCAUCAAGAUUCUUUUCCACAUGCCCACAGAAAGCAAUUUAACUUCCAAGCAAGAUAAAAUGGACUCCAACAGAAAUAAUGAGGCUAAGCUCAAUGAUGAAGCUCACUGCGUGACAGCUUAUGCCUUCUGGGAGAUGAAGGAAGUCAGAGGAUCAUGCCUAAUUUCUCCUGGUGGAUUCUGUGUGGCUCAGCUCAAGCCAGAACCAUCUUGGUUUGGCUCUGGAGGCAGAUCUGGAAGCUCAAGCCCGGAAGCAGAUAAAGCGGAAGGAAUCAGAAACCUUCGAGGAAAUCUUGUGGAGGUCUACUUUCAGAGCAGGAGGGACCAGACGGGGCAAUGUGCUCCACAAGACAGUCUGCAAAGAGUAGGAGUAGGAAGAGGGAGAGAGUCUUGGGGUUCGGGGACCCCUUUGCAGAGGAUUGGAAGUGUCACUCUUAUCAAAUCUCAAACAGGCAACCCGACUUUCCUUCGGCUUAGGCUGGGAGGUUCUUUGAUGAUUCAAACUUCCUCCAAGCCCUUAAAAAACGAUGAUGUGGGAACUUUUUACAUAUUCCUGUCUAGUACAUCUACGAUGGAAAAUUUCACUUUGAGGGCUUCUGUAAAAUCAGGCAUGUCCUUCAGUGCGGCUCGGCCUAGUGAUCCUCUACAGUGGGACGUUGUUGUGGAGCCUGGGAGAGGAGCAACUCCAAACACUGUUACAGUCAUCUGCCGUAGGAAGGCUUCCAUUGCCUUGAAAAGGGGUCUUCUGGAGAUUUUUCAGCUAGAUUUUGUGCCAAAAGCUGUCUCCGAGCAGAUUGAGAGUCAGGCCAUCUCCUGGCGUCUGGAGCUGCCAGGGAAUGUCAAAGAUGUUGGCUUAAUGCGGGUCUACACCACCCCAAGAGACUUCAUUGGACUGGCACCUCUGGUGAUGACAUCAGAUAUUUUGAAUACUGCAAUGUUGACGGGGAAAAGGGUGUCAGUUCCUGUGAAAACCGUUGCUGUUGAGGCUGAUGGAACAGUUACAGAUGUGACAAACUCCACCAACUGCAGGUCAACUCAGGCGGACGUGCUCAAGGUCUCAGAACGCUGUAACUAUGUUUUCGUAAAUGGGAAAGAGACGAAAGGCAAAAGCAGCGUGAUGCUCAAUUUCACGUACGGUUUCCUGAGCUCGCAGCUGGAGAUGAGUGUGUGGGUGCCCCGCCUGCCCAUGCUCAUUGACAUCGCUGACCCUGAGCUUAGCCAAAUAAAAGGCUGGAGGGUCCCCGUCACAACUGGCAAUAGAAGAUCUACAUGGGAUAGUGAAGAAGAUGAAGACAUGAGGAAGGGCCGUGGAUGCAUGUUACAGUACCAGCUAUCGACAUUGAGGGUGUUCACGCCCUUUGUGGCCCAAUCUGAUUCUGAGGUUCUGCCAAGUCCAUUUACUGGAGAGAAGUCUGUUGAAUACUUUAUAGGUUCUGAUUGGCAGGUAGAUGUGACAAAUCUUGUACGCAAUGACCUAAAAGUAGUAGACCCUGAAAUCGCUAAAGUGCAAGAUGGGAUCAUACUGCAAGGACGGGCCGUGGGGACCACUGUUUUGCAGGUGUUGUCCCCAUUGACAUCGUCUGUCCUGGCUGAGAGAAGCAUUAGGGUGAUGGAUGAUAAAGUGAGUGUGACAGAACUAGGGGUGCAGUUGGUUUCCGGACUCUCUCUGUCUCUUCAGUUCAGCCCUGAGAGCAACAGGGGUAUUGUUGCCACGACGACCAUGAGGGAGACAAUCACAGAGCUCAAACAAGAAGCAGUGGUCAGCUGCUGGAUUCAGUUUAGCGAUGGGGCAGUAGCUCCACUGGAGCUUUUUGACCGGAGUGUCUACUCUCUCACUGUUUCCACCAAUGAUGAGAGGGUGGCCACUGUGCGGCGUACUCCCCUCUCCACAUUUGUGGUUGCACAAGGCGAAGGCCGUGGAAGGCAGGUCAGGGUGGAGCUGAGGAUCUGUGAAGAAUGCCAGAAGUCUAAGAGGAAGAGUAAGCUAGCAGUGGGGGCAGGAAUUCUCAAGACCAACUUUCAAAAUAGCAGACAUAAAGCAGGAGGUGCAAAUAAAAAUAUGGGAUCAACGGGUGAAGUUGAAACAGCAAUGACCUCACAAAAAAAUGUCACAGUGAUGGAUAAAAGGCCAACAACUAACCUGCAGUCUGUUAUGGUCGAAAGCACAGCCACGACAAUUUCAAACAGCUAUUUGCAAACACCUCCGGUAUGGGCUGGAAAAACAAAACCUACAGGAGCUUUUGCAUCUGGUGUCAAUACCAUGGUCACUCAAACAACCAUGAAGAAACUAUGGUCUGAUGCACAGUUGAACACUGCCAAACCAACAGUGAGCUUUGUCAGUAAAAGAGAUGGGAAGAAGAACCAAUACGGGAGCAUGCUUGACAACUCAAAUACUUCCUCUAACUAUAAUGCUCCUGGAGGUGACAAACCUGAGAAAGAGACUCCCAAUACUAAAACACCGAAAGUAAUUGGAAGCGACAUCAUCAGAACGUUCAAAGCCCUGUCAGACUUAGAAAUUGGCAUAUAUUCCUUGAUAGGGGUCUCUUGUGUUGGUAUUAUGGCUUUUCUGCUCAACUGUGCUUCAUAUAAGCUGUGCUUUAGGAAACAGAAGACCCCCAUACAGACAGGUCCAGCUCCCCAUGCAGACCCGAAGGACCACAAGCAUGACUGGGUUUGGAUGGGGGGCAACAGUCAUAGCACCACUACACCUGUUGCUCCGGUUGCUCCGACUCAAGUCUCAACAUUAAAACGUGAGCCUCACCGCCCCCUUGAGUCCCACCAUUCAAUAGAUUCAAUUGGGCCCGGUGGUUUGCAGGGGUCUUUGCCAACUGUUAGUGCCCCAGCUGUCCCAGAAAGAACCGCUACACUAGGACGCUGCAGGAGCGGCUCCCAACACCAGUUUAAAGCAAAGGCAAUAGACCCUAUGGCAAACAGGUCAGCCACUUUGCUUGCAAGGCCACACCGCAGUGAGCCUCUGCAUUCUCCCACCAGCAAGAGAAAUCAGGUCCAGUUCACCACUUUUACAACUCUGGACAUAAAGCACUUGGCUGCGCUAAAGAAGAAUGGUGUGGACUUAAAUUGGGCUAACCAGAAGACGCAGCAGCAGCCCGCUUCUCAGCCCCAGACACCUUUACCUGACAUGCCUUGGCCUGUUGUGACACCAUUUGGAGAACCCCAGUGAGUUUACUGAAGUAGCCAUACUGUAAACUGUAUGUUUGCAUGGGAGGAAUAUGGUGCCUUUUAAAUAUUCAUACCUGUUGAUCUUUCCACAGUUGGUAACAUCUCUGCCAUAAUCUCACAUAUAUUUCAUUGUGAAGUGGAAAGGAUUCAUGCUUCUUAUAUUUUUAAACACUGAAUUCUAAAAAGUGCUGUGUGAAAUUAUGUGCAGCUUCUGAAAUGCAUUGCUUUGUUGCACCACCUUUUGUUGUGGCUGUAAUUGCAACCCUUUUGGAGUAUACAUCUAUCAGCUUUGCACAUCUAGAGGCCCACUGUUUUUUGCAAAAUAUGUCAUGCUAAGAUUGCAUAAAUAGCAUCAGUGAAUAUUUAUUUCCAUGUUUUUGAUAGGGCUAUUCUAAUGUGAAUCCACUUUGGGCCAUUCUGUUAUUUCUCUAACUGUAUAUUUUGGCUUGUGAACUUGCAAUCAUAAGCCAUUACCAAGCAGAUGACAGCCUCACAGACUUUUUGGUUUUAUUUUGGAAGCCAUGGAUCAUUACCCUAACAAAUGUUCUACUACUCUGCUUUGGUCCUUCAUAUAAAAUUCCCACAAUAAGCACGUUAAUGUUUGCAGUUGAAUUAUGAAAAAAUGUGUUUCAGUUGGUAUGAAUACUUUCACAAGGCACUGUAUUUCUAAAUGAGAUGAGACAAGUUCUGACAAGAAAUGUUUAACAAAUUAUGAUGGCUAGCAUUUUUAAUGUCAAAAGGUAAUGGACCAUAAAGAAUUUAUACAAUGUACCAAUAUAGGGCUUAAGAAUAUUGUCAAUAUUUAUUGUGUAAUAAUUCUAAAACAGUCUGUCAUGUAUGUAUAGAUAUUUAUUGUAUAGUAUUUUACACAUAUAUACAUUUAUUGGUAAAAGAAAACAGAAAAUAAACAGUGGAUAUUUAGUUACUUUUAUACAAUUGUGUAGUUUUAGUCUGAGUAGUUCUAGACAUUGUUAGUCAUCAGAGUGGAUGCAGUAUGAGAGAACUUCAUCCUUGUAAAUAACUCCUUUCUGCUACCAAAACCUGUAAUAUGACAGAGAAUUAUAUAAUUAUUACUUUAUUAUAAACAAUCUAUCAACAUUUUAUUUUUAGUUAUUUGUUUGACAAGGGAAAAUGCACAAUAAUCAACAUUUUGCACUAUAAAUAUUCCUGACUUAGGUAAAUUAAGCUAGUUUUGUAUAAGUAUUACAUACUGUGUCUAUGUUUGUAGUUUAGGCUUCAGGUCUGUCCUAUGGAUGUACUUAAAAUAGUUAAAUGAGAAAAUGUCAAAAAGUGCAAUACAUAUUCAUGUGAAAUUUUUGCAUUUGUAAAUACAAAAGUGAUGCCUUUUUAAUUAAGAUUUUCCUGUUUUUAUAGAACAAUUUCCUGAUAAAUUUCUACUAGUAUAACAUUUUCUUUUAAAGUUUUAUUUAAUUGCUUUGUUUGAGACCAUGCAGUAAUUCUGACACAAUAAAUUGUUUGGAUUAAAUGUCUGAAGCUUAUGUCGGAUUCAGUUGUGUUUUACUCCGGAAUGUAAUUUACAGUAAGUUUGAUGUCAUUUACCUCUUAAAUGCCCCUACAUUAUGUUGGAUGUGCCUACCAGUGUUAGGCCUCCGUGUUCCUGCACUGUAUUAAAAA